UCCAAUUACCGUUUUCGGUUGUUUUCAUUGUGAAUGGCAAUGAUAACGAUGAUGAUGAUGAUGAUGAUGGUAAUACAUUUUAAAGAUGACGUAUUGCCAAUAAUCAAAAAUGAAUUUAUGAAAAGUACAUGUCAUUAUUACAAUGAUCAUCAUCAUAUGGAUAUGAUCAAUAAAUUAUUAUUAUCAUCAACGAUCAUAGAUCAUCAUGUUAUUAAGAUGACAAAAUAUUCAUUAUCAUUAUUGGCUGAUAUUGAUCAACCGAAUAUGAACCAUAAUCAUAAUUAUUAUCGACCAUGACAAUGACUAUGAAUGCUGAUUCAGAGAAUCGUGUCAUAUUAAAUGUUGGCGGUAUACGACACGAAACAUAUAAGGCAACAUUGAAAAAAAUACCGGCUACACGUCUAUCACGAUUAACGGAAGCAUUAGCCAAUUAUGAUCCAAUAUUAGAUGAAUAUUUUUUUGAUCGCCAUCCCGGAGUUUUUGGUCAGAUUCUUAAUUAUUAUCGUACAGGAAAAUUACAUUAUCCAACGGAUGUGUGUGGUCCAUUGUUUGAAGAAGAACUAGAAUUCUGGGGAUUAGAUUCGAAUCAGGUGGAACCUUGUUGUUGGAAAACCUAUACACAACAUCGUGAUACACAGGAAACAUUGGCCGUAUUAGAUCGAUUAGAUCUAGAUACAGAGAAACCAAGUGACGAAGAGAUUGCCCGUAAAUUCGGUAUGGAAGAAGAUUAUCUUAAUGGUACAUUAUCAUGGUGGCAACGGCUAAAACCAAAACUAUGGUCCUUAACUGAUGAACCAUAUUCAUCGAAUUCGGCCAAAGUAGUCGGGUUGUUAUCAGUAUUUUUUAUCUGUGUAUCAAUAGUAUCAUUUUGUUUGAAAACACAUCCGGAUAUGCGUGUACCAUCCAUCAGGAACAUAACUGUGAUGACAACAACUAGCACUAAAGCUUGGGUUCUUGAUAAAAAUCAAACAAAUCCACAUCAGGCCUUCUUCUACAUUGAAUGUGUCUGUAAUGCUUGGUUUACUAUGGAAAUUAUCACUAGAUUUACUUGUUCACCAAGUAAAGUUGUAUUCUUAAAAGGCGCUGUCAAUGUGAUAGACAUAACGGCCACAUUAUCAUUCUAUAUUGAUCUAAUAUUACAACGAAUGUACACACAAUUGGAGAAUGCUGAUAUAUUAGAAUUUUUAUCCAUCAUUAGGAUAAUGCGUCUAUUUAAAUUAACACGUCAUUCAGCUGGUCUAAAAAUUCUUAUACAAACAUUUAAAGCCAGUGCCCGUGAAUUAAUAUUGCUCGUAUUCUUUCUCAUACUUGGUAUCGUGAUAUUUGCUAGUCUUGUUUAUUAUGCAGAACGUAUUCAAUCAAAUCCAGAGAAUGAUUUUAAUUCAAUACCAUUAGGAUUGUGGUGGGCAUUGGUCACAAUGACUACCGUUGGUUAUGGCGAUAUGGCUCCAAAAACUUAUGCCGGCAUGUUUGUUGGAGCAUUAUGUGCAUUGGCUGGUGUAUUGACUAUCGCUUUACCUGUGCCUGUUAUUGUUUCAAAUUUUGCCAUGUUUUAUUCACAUACACAAGCAAGGGCUAAAUUGCCUAAAAAACGUCGUCGGGUAUUACCGGUUGAACAACCACGUGUAUUACGUGCACCUAUGCGAAUGCCACAAGGUGCUGGAUCAACAAGAGGUAUUGCCAGUGGUAAUAGUAGCAUAAUGAGAGCUACAACUUGUGGUGGUGGCGGUGGCGGUGGUUUUAAUCAAACUGUUGCUGGUGGUAAUCAAACCGGUAGUUUAAUUAAUCGUGCAAUCAUUAACAGUGGUACUGGUUCAAUAAAUUCACAAAGUAGUUUAACAAAUCCAAAUACAUCAGUAACGAUCACAACGACAAAUGAUAAUAAUAAUUCUAAUCAGAAAAAAGAUUAUUCAGAUCAAAUAUUAUUAUCUAAUCCACAUCAAUCAUCCGCAUCUAAAAUGAUGAACAUUCAACAUAAACGUAGCCGUGUAAGUAUUACAUCAGUCAACAUAGAUCAACAACAACAAUCACAGAAUAUAAAUACAAAUGCUCAGGUGAAUAAUAAUGAUGAUGAUGAUAAGGAACAACAACAAACAUUUAAAAUGUUUGACCAACAACAACAACAAGAAUCGAAUUGUACGUUGUCCAAAUUGUCUUCGGUGCCUUCCAAUACAAAUAGAUUUAUUAUUAGUAAUAAUCAACAAACAACAACAACGACGACGACGACAACAACAACAACAGAAUGUUUAAAUCAAAACAUUUUGGAUAAUAAUUAUAUGAUUAAAAAAACAAUGAAUAAUUGCUCAAUGUCGGAGCCAAUAUGGACAACAUCGAUUAGUAGUAAUUAUCAUCAUCAUAAUAUUAAUCCUGGACAAUCCUGGAUGAAUAAUAAUGAUAAUGGACCAGAUAUAUUAUCAUUAACGACAACAACAACAACAUCAUCAUCAUUAAUCACAAAUGCAGUGAUCACCGCCACCACCACCACCACCUCUUCAAUGGUUCAACAAAUAAAUCCACAUCAUCAUUCUCAUUAUCAUCAUCAUCGUCAUCAUCGCCAUCAUUCACUGCCCAUCACCGCCCAUGCUCAUUUAUUACAAAAGAAUAAUAAUAAUCUAAUUCCUAAUAAUGAUAAUAAUAAUGAUGAUGAUGAUGAUAAUGCUAUAUUAAAUAAUUAUUGUAAACGUCGAAGUCCAAGUGUCAUACAAACAGCAACCCAUGGUCAUCAUCUAUUGAAUGCAUUAUGUGAACAAUGUCGCCAAUGGCAACAUGAACAGCAUCAUCAGCAACAACAAUCACAAAAAACAACAAUGUUAAUGACGAUGCCAAUGAUCGAUGAUUCGGAUAAUGAUGAAAUGAAUCAUCAUGGUGUCCAAAUAUUGAAUGAUGAGCUAAAACUAUCAAAAACCAAUCAUCAAUCACAUUCAACAUUCGAUGAUAAUGAUGAUGAACAAAUGAUGAUCCAACAACAUUCAACAACAAUGAACAAUAAUAAUAAUAAUGAUGAUAAUGAAACAAAAACCAAAACGAGAUCACCAUCAUCAUCAACAUCACAAACAACGGUUAAAGUGUCCAAUUGAAAACAAUAAACGAAAGGGAGAAGAAUUUUCUAUCAGAAUUACUACCCGGAAGAGGUGUAUAGAUGCGGGCGCACAAAAUAUUCUGCCAAAUCAAAUCAUUUAAAUGUUUGUGUAACAUAAAAUAAUAAUCACACACACACACAUACACGAUAUACGCCCACUCAGAAAUAAACAUAUGAUUAUGUCAUUUUUAAAUGAAAUGAAGAAUUCACAAUUGCCACAUCCACACUCACACACACAUACACACUAAACUGAACAAAUCCUUGUAUUUUUUCUCCUUGGGCAAAAAAACCACCCACCAACCAUCACGUUUUUCCUUUCUUUCUCUAUGAUGAAUUGUUUUUUCUGUUUCCACUUCCCCCUUUUCCACAACUGAACAUUAUAUUUGUUAUCUUUCCAUUUUUUUUCUGUUCUGUUGUUGUUGAUUAAUGAAAGCAACGAAAAAAAAUUGCUGUUUAUUGAAUGAAU